UGCUCCACGGCGUCAGACCAGCAGCAAUAGCAUCACCUGGAAGCUUAGUUAGGAAUACAGAAUCUUGGGCCCCAUCUCAGAACUACUGAAUCAGUCUGCCUGCUAGACUCUUGAAAGAAGGUAAUGUCGUACCCGGGCUAUCCCCCCACAGGCUACCCAGCUUUCCCUGGAUAUCCUCCUGCAGGUCAGGAGUCAUCUUUUCCUCCUCCUGGUCAGUAUUCUUAUCCUAGUGGUUUUCCUCCAAUGGGAGGAGGUGCCUACCCACCAACACCAAGUAGUGGCUACCCAGGAGCUGGAGGCUACCCAGGAGCUGGAGGCUACCCUGCCCCUGGAGGCUAUCCCAGUGCCCCACAGCCAGGGGGAGCGCCAUCCUAUCCUGGAGGCCAAGGGUUUGGAGCCCCACCAAGUGGAGCAGGCUUUUCUGGCUAUCCACAGCCACCCUCACAGUCUUAUGGUGGGGGCCCAGCCCAGGUACCACUACCUGGUGGUUUUCCUGGGGGACCGAUGCCUUCUCAGUACCCUGGAGGACAAUCUCCUUACCCUAGUCAGAUCAAUACAGAAUCCUUACCUUCCUAUCCUGUUUUCUCUCCUGUUUCUUUGGAUUAUAGCAGUGAACCUGCUUCGAUGACUCAGGGAACUCAAGGAACAAUCAAACCUGCUGCCAACUUCGAUGCCAUGAGAGAUGCAGAAAUUCUUCGUAAAGCAAUGAAGGGUUUUGGUACAGACGAGCAGGCAAUUGUAGACGUUGUGGCCAAUCGUUCCAAUGAUCAAAGGCAAAAAAUUAAAGCAGCUUUUAAGACCAUGUAUGGCAAGGAUUUAAUCAAAGAUCUUAAGUCAGAGUUAAGUGGAAAUAUGGAAGAACUGAUCCUUGCCCUGUUCAUGCCACCUACGUAUUAUGAUGCCUGGAGUUUACAGAAUGCAAUGAAGGGAGCAGGAACUCAGGAGCGUGUAUUGAUUGAAAUUUUAUGCACAAGAACAAAUCAGGAAAUCAGAGAAAUUGUCAGAUGUUAUCAGUCAGAAUUUGGACGAGACCUGGAAAAGGACAUUAGGUCAGAUACAUCAGGGCAUUUUGAACGUUUACUUGUAUCCAUGUGCCAGGGAAAUCGCGAUGAGAACCAGAAUGUUAACCACCAGCUGGCUCAGGAAGAUGCUCAGCGUCUCUAUCAGGCUGGUGAGGGGAGAUUAGGGACAGAUGAAUCUUGUUUUAACAUGAUUCUUGCCACAAGAAGCUUUCCUCAGCUGAAAGCUACCAUGGAGGCCUAUUCCAGGGUGGCUAAUCGAGAUUUGUUAAGCAGUGUUGGCCGUGAGUUUUCUGGAAAUGUUGAAAGUGGUUUGAAGACCAUCUUGCAGUGUGUCCUGAACCGCCCUGCCUUCUUUGCUGAGAGGCUGUACUAUUCUAUGAAAGGUGCCGGCACAGAUGACUCCACCCUGGUCAGGAUUGUGGUCACUCGAAGUGAGAUUGAUCUUGUACAAAUAAAACAGAUGUUCAUUCAGAUGUAUCAGAAGACCCUGGGCACAAUGAUUGCAAGUGACACGAGUGGAGAUUACCGAAGGCUUCUUCUGGCCAUUGUGGGCCAGUAGGAGAGAUUUUUUUUUUUAAUGAGUGAAGCUAUUCAGAGCUUAUCCUUCAAAGCAAUGAUUGACCUGCAUACAGCAACAUCAACUCUCACCUAACUAAAAGAGCUUUUUACUAAAGACUGUGUCAGGGUAUUGUGCUUGGUUUGCACGUGGUUAUUGCCUUAAUUCCAAUGUUAUUUUUUCUCUAUAUACGAUCAAGUAAAGCCAUAUCACAAUGAUGAAGUAAUAACGCAAUGUUUGUAAAGCAUAAUUCUCACUGCUCUUAUUCUAAAUAGGAUACCAAAUUGAAUAAAAGUCACAACAGUCUGUAAUUCUGUGUAAUAAUAUUGAAUUAAAAAUUCAAUAUUGAAUAAAUUUGAA